AUUUAACAAGCAUAAUAAAGCUAUUUCUUAAUUCCACUUCCAUACAACACAACACCAUACAACACACCCUCUUGCUGCUCAAGUUGCUCUAUAUCUGUUUGUUUGCAAUUCAAGAGCUACUCCUUUCGAUAUCCAUGGCUGAACUGAUUGCUGAAGCUUUUUUCACCGCUUAUUUUGAGCAGUUCCUUAAUAUGAUUCUUUCUGGGGAGGUCCUCAAAUUUGUUAGUGGAAAGAAACUCGAUGAUGGGAUGCUCAAGAAGUUCAAGACCAUGUUGCUGUCUGUUAAGGCAUCGCUGAAUGAUGCUGAGAAGAAGCAAAUAUCAGACCCAGAUGUGAGGCAGUGGCUCGAUGAGCUUAAAGACACCAUGUACCAUGCAGAGGACUUGGCGUAUGAGAUUGAGACUGAAGCUUUGCGAUGCAAGAUUAGAGGUGGUCAAUCUGGAAGCCGCAUAUUCCAGGUACUUAACUUCUCAUCUAGAUUCAAUAUUAAGAAUCUUGAAGAUAGGAUAGUGGAGAUCCUUCACACACUAGAAGCCAUUGUGAACCAAAAAGUUCAUCUUGGUUCGAGUGUUUCAGAAUGUUCUGAUCAUCAGAAUAAAUCUUCAUCAUAUUCUCCACCACUACUACCUGUGGAAGAAGAAUCUGAUAUUUAUGGCAGAGACGAUGACAAAGCCGUCAUCGUUAAGCUGUUGCUGUCUGAUGAUGAUCAUGUGGUAGGUAGUAAUAACAUAUCUGUAAUUCCUAUUGUGGGUAUGGGCGGUAUAGGAAAGACCACCCUUGCUCGGCUUGUUUAUAAUGAUGUCAAUGUGAUGAAAAACUUUGACCUACAAGCUUGGAUUACAGUGUCAAAUGAAUUUGAUGUUUUCACAUUGACAAAAACAAUUUUUGAAAGAAUCACUGAACAAAAAGAUUGCUGUAUCAAGCAUCCAGAUCAACUUCAAAGUGAAUUGAAGAAAGUUGUAGAAGGGAAGAAGUUUCUCCUUGUUCUCGAUGAUGUUUGGAACGAGAAUUAUAACCUCUGGGAUAACUUAAAGAGUCAAUUUACGUUAGGAGCAUUGGGGAGUAAAAUCAUUGUGACUACACGCAUUGGAGGCAUCGGAUAUAUGAUGGGUACCGUUCAAAAUUACUGCCUUGAAAAAAUAUCUGAUAAAGAUAGUUGGCAAUUAUUUGCAAAACAUGCAUUCCGAAAAAUAAACCCAAGUGGAAUUCAAGAUUUUGAAGAAAUUGGUAGAGGAAUCGUUAAAAAAUGCAAUGGCCUUCCUUUAGCUAUUAAAUCGCUUGCUGGUCUUUUGUGCUCCAAAAACCAUAUCGAUGAAUGGGAAGAUAUAUUACACAGCGAUACAUGGAAGUUGCCAAAGGAGAAGUGUGACAUUCUUCCGGCUCUUUGGCUGAGCUAUUACUAUUUGCCUCCACAUCUAAAACGAUGCUUUGCAUAUUGCUCAAUUUUUCCUAAAGAUUAUGAGUUUGAAAAGGAAAAAUUAAUUAUGUUGUGGAUGGCAGAAGAUCUUUUGAGACCCCAACAAAAUAAGAUGCCAGAAGAAAUUGGAGAGGAGUACUUUAAUGAUCUUACAUCAAGGUCAUUCUUUCAUUGUAGUGACAACGGUUUUAUCAUGCAUGACCUUGUUAAUGAUUUGGCUUCCUUUGUUUCUGGAGAAUUUUGUUUGAGGUUUGAUGAUGCUUACUCAAAAGUUUUUACCGGGAAAACUCGUUAUUUGUCAUGCAUCACAUCUGAGAGCCAUGAUAUCAAGAAGCUAGAGGAAUAUUUAUCUAAAAAUAAGGUGUUUCGCACUUUAUUGUUUCAAUCUAAUUGUUCUAAACAAUUUUUGACAAAUUUUGAACAAUUGAAACCAAUGCGAUGUUUAAGAGCACUUUCUCUAUAUGGCAGUGUUAUUACAACAGGCCUUGAUUUGAUUGGUAGUUUGAAGCUUUUAAGGUAUUUAGAUUUAUCUUUUACUCAAAUUGAAGAAUUACCCAAUGCAAUUUGCACUCUCUAUAAUUUGCAGACACUCCUGUUACAUUUGUGUAUUAAACUUUCUAUGUUGCCUAAUUCAAUUGGCAAUUUGAAGCGUCUUAGAUAUUUGGGUUUGUCUUACUGUUUUAGACUUAAAAAGAUACCCGACACAUUAUGUGAUCUGCAUGAUCUGCACACUCUGAAUUUGAGUUCUUGUGGAUAUCUUUCUCGUUUACCAACCGAUAUGUCAAGAUUGGUCAACCUGCGGUAUCUGGGCUUUUCGUAUACAGGGGUAACUGAGAUGCCACAGCAAAUGUGCAAAUUGAAACAUCUGCAAUAUUUAAAACCUGCCCUUCUUGUGGACAAAAAUGGUGGACGUAAUAUUAAAGAUUUGGGUAAUCUUGAAGAUUUGCGGGGUUCUCUUAAGAUCAAAAACCUUGAAAAUAUAGUGAAUGUUAAAGAUGUUUUGGAGGCGAAAUUGGCAAAUAAAAAGCAUAUUACAGAACUUGUAUUGGAGUGGUGUGGUGAAACGGAUGAUUCGGAGAAAGUACGAGAGGUACUUGACAGGCUUCAACCUCAUACAAAUGUCCAACAACUAACACUUUUUUGUUACCAAGGUACAAGGUUUCCAAGUUGGAUAGGACAUCAUUCAUUUCGUCACAUGGUAUCUUUGAGACUAAAUGAUUGUAGAAAUUGUUGUUGGCUGCCGCAGCUUGGACAGCUACCAUCUUUGAAAGAUCUCCACAUUAAUAUAUUUGAUAUGGUGGAGAGAAUAGGUGAUGAAUUUUAUUAUUGCAGCAGCAGUACAAGCAGUAGUUCUUCUUCUUCUUCUUCUUCUUCCAUGAUUACACCGCCAUUCAAGUCCCUGAAUUUCUUACAUCUUUAUAAAUUUAGAGAAUUAAGAGAAUGGAAGGAUUGGUCAUUGAUGGGAAGGGAAGGAUCAGAAGGUGGAGCUUUCCCACAACUCAAAACCCUUAUAUUAGAAGCAUGUCCGAAGAUAAAAGUGGAGUCCUUACCUCAUUUUCCAUCCUCGACUACUCUUGUCAUCGAGAAAUGCCAACAACUGGUUGCUUCAUUGCAAAGUCAUCAACUUCCAUGGCUGCGUUCGUUGGAGCUACGAUCUUGUUCAGAGCUGGUGACAUUUCCAAGUCAAAGCGGAUUGCCCUCAAACAUCCAUACGCUUAAAAUUGACAGGUGUGGUAAACUGGAGUCACUUGCAAAAGAAGGAUGGCCUUCAAAUUUAAAAUCGCUGGAAAUUUACAGGUGCAGGAACCUCUUUGUGGACGUCCAAUGUUCAUUUCCUGAGGAAGGGCUACUCCCCACCACUCUGACGUGUAUUAAGCUUGAUUAUGUUCCAAACCUCAAAUCCUUGAACGGCAAGGCUCUUCAAGACCUGGUAUGCCUUGAAAAACUGACCAUUAAAGAGUGCUAUAAGCUGCAGUGCUUGCCAGAAGAAGGGCUGCCCGAUUCUCUUUCUGAGCUGAAUAUCAUCAGGUGUCAUACUUCGCUAGCUGACCGGUGCCAGAGAGAUACAGGGGAAGAUUGGCUAAAAAUUGCUCGCAUCCCUCGGAUAAACAUUGCCUGUGCUAAGAAGGUGAAGCUGAUGUGGAAGUUGCCAACUUCCCCUGUUUUCUUACCCUGCAUACCCUUGGCUGUGGAUGCACCUAGAAUUUCUGUUUGACUAGGUUUCUCUAUUAACUCUGUACAUUUAAUAGUAGAAUUACAGUAGGUAACAAAUAUAUUGGCUAUGGCUGAUAUGAGAUAGAUGUUGGCUUUGGUAUAGCUAAAGUGUCUUUUUGCUUACUUUGACAGAUAAGAGGCUUGAUUGAUUUUGUCCAAUGUUGCUAUAUGCAAGAGUUUUAUUUCUUUAAAUCCCAUCUAACAGUUCUAUGUAUAAAUUGUGCUUAUUUAGCUUCAGGGUUCUUUCACCUGCGGAAAUUGAUGAUUACUUGGCCUAUAAGUAGAGUAAAUCCUUUGCAAUUACUGUAGAAUAGCAGUAAGAUAUUUCACUAUAUUGUCAGAAUAGUGUAAUUUGUUGACUGUUGAAGACUAUUUUGGAAGAUCUAUAAUGGUUUGCAAACAUCUUCCUGCUCCCCUCUUCUGUGUAAUAGGCAGAGUAGGCUUUCACAUGUUUUACGUUUCAUGUUAAUCCUUAUAAACUAAUCACUCGUUUUAAUUUUUAUUUUUCUUUAAAAUCUUACAAUUUACGACCAGUCUUGACUCUGAUGAAAGAUAAUGGCUCAUAUUUGAUGAGUAAUAUUCUGAACAUAAUUCUUCAUAUUGAAAAGUUCCUGUGGUUUUUAUUACAAAUUACUCAUAAGCUUUCCUAUUGUAGAGGGGGGGAAAAGCUCAACAUAGAGGGUUUUCUAUGCAUAAUCAUACUUUAAAUGAGACCAUACAGGCUAUCCCAAUAGAUGAUAUUUCAAAACAAUUCUCUAAACAUAAAAAAUUCCUUGAAAAAAUGCCUCCAUUACCAAAAGUCAGCAGAGAACACCUGAGAUCACUAAGAUGGUGAAACCUUUGAGGAUCCCUCAAAAUCAUGCAUUCCAAAAAGCAAUAAACCCAAGUGUGGUUCAAGAUUUUGAAGAAAUUGGUAAAGGAAUUGUCAAAAAAUGUAAUGGACUCCCUUUAGCUGUAAAAUUGCUUGGUGGUUUUCGGUGCUCCAAAAACCAUAUCAACGAAUGGAAAGAUAUACUACACAGUGAUAUAUGGAAGUUGCCUACAGACAAGUGCAACAUUCUUCCUGCUCUUCGGUUGAGCUACUACGAUUUGCCUUCAGGUUUAAAAGGGUAUUUUACUUAUUGUUCAAUUUUUGCUAAAGAUUAUGUAUUGGCAAGGUUUUUUUGUUUUUUUUGUUGUUUUGUGUUUUUUUUUUUUUUUUUUUUUUUUUUGGGUGGCUGGCAGAAGAUCUUUUGCAACCCCAAGAAAAACACACUAGAAGAAAUUGGAGAGGAGUACUGAAUGAUCUUAUAUCAAGGUUAUUGAACAAACACGGGACGUUGCAACUGGCUUCCUCACAACAUAAAACCACUUUUAAAUCUUGUAUUCUUGCACGUGCAUCAGUCAAAAAGUAAAAUAUUAAUCUGCAAGGUCCCAAUGAACGCAGCCUUGGCUCAGUUUUUACCUCAAUUUGCAUCAUGGCUUUCAUCAAUAAAAUACAAUAUUACAUCAAACCAAGAGUUUGAAUUAUUUGUUCAUUGGUCAGUAUACAGUAACAGAAAUAUCUUUUUAUUUUGAGAAAAUUAUACGGAGAUAUUUUGUUCCAUCAUCAUCAUUAGCCUAGCCUUUACAACUAUUCAGCAUUUCAAAUUAGUUUGGUCAACAAAUAUUCACGAGUAUAAUAUACUUUCAUGAUUUAUUACCCUCUCUCUACAAUUCCAAAUUUUCUUUUUUAUGUUUUUCUUGAAUUACUACGUUUCUUCCUCUACAAUUCAAAGUUUCUUUCCUAUGUUUGACAUGUACACAUUCACACACACACACACACACACACAUAUAUAUAUAUAUAUACAAACCAUGCAUGCAACCCAACUUCAACUAAAAAUAUUCAAAACUAAACCAUCCAAAAGUGCAUAUACAGCUUCAGAGAUCAACUUCUGUUUUGAGCUACCAGCAAGAGAAGUGGUAGAAUAAUCAUUUCCUCCCAAUGUCAUCAUUCUCUUUCGAAGCUCUGGCAAUGGCGGGAGCAGACUACCAUGACAUUGAUAUAAGUUUUAAAGAAUGGGAAGCCGAGGGAUUGGAACAUACUCCAGCCCACUUACUCGCCGAAGAAGACGAAGAUGAAGUGAUCAGAAGGGAUAGCAAGUACGGCGCUGAACACUUCAACACCCAUUUCUUGGAUACCAAGCAAGGAUAUGAUAUAGGUUCUGGUGGUAAUUAUAAGGGUAAAAAAGAUGAUUUGGUGAGUGUAAUGGGAAACCUAAGCAUGGGUUUCCUUGGGAUUGUCGAGAAAAUUCUGUCAAGAAUUUUGGGUUUGUUAAAAAAAUGGUAAGAACCAUCUAAAGGCUGCUAUAGUUAGGAAUAUUAUUAGAGAUAUGUAAAAUAAUUAAUUCAGAAAUAUCUAAAGCGAAAGAAAUUUUUUUAUUCAGCUUUA